AGAUUUCAAUUUCCGUGUACGUUUCGUGGUUGGUGUUUGUGAUUAUCAUAAUGACGUACUUUUUUGGUGGAGAAAAUAAUAUUGUCUUUUAGAUUAUGAAAAGUUAAUCUAUCGCGAUGUGAUUUACUAAAAUAAAAUAAUUAUCACCUUUCGUAAUUCGAAUUUGAAAUCGAUCGUAUUGUUUCGAUGGCGAUAUUCAUCUCGCUCCGCAUUCCUAUCGUAUUAUCUUACGUGUUUGAGAAAAAAUCAUACCACGAAAUAUGUUGUGUAUGAAUAAUUAAACGCCGAUCGCGAAAUCUUAACUAGAUUAAGAAUAAUUCGUUUAUAGUUUUAAGUUUUGUAAAUUUCAUUUCUAUAUGGAAAUAAUAUUGCUUCGAAUAUGGAAGAAAACGAAGUAACGUUUCUGUUUCAAUUUGGACUCGUACGAGAUACGGUCACAGCCAAUGUGGGCUCGUUGAAUUUAAAAUCUUUGAAAGAUUACGCUUGCGAAUUUGUCAACACCAAGUGUCCGGAUCACGGUGUUAGUAGACUAAGCGAUCGUUUGCUACUGUUUCGACACGAUUACUCAUCACCAAAUAUUCUCCAUUAUGUAAAUGCCGCCUCCGAUAUUGUGGACGAGGUUUUGGUCGAGAUUGUACUUUCAGGUCAAAUAAUCAGCGAAGAAGAUGUACAAGAAGUUCAAGUUCGACCGCAUACAUUAUCUGUGCAUUCCUACAAGGCUCCCACGUUUUGCGAUUUCUGCGGCGAGAUGCUGUUUGGAUUGGUCCGGCAAGGUCUUAAAUGCGAAGGAUGCUCGUUGAAUUUCCAUAAAAGAUGUGUCGUCAAGGUACCGAACAAUUGUGCUGGAUCUUCGGCAGUUAUCGGCAAGAGACGUCGGUCAUCUACUCUGCAAGUGCCUCGAAGUCCGUCGAAUUUUGGUUCCAAUUCGUCUCUGGCUUCUGCCUCAGAUGAUUCCAAUUCGACCAGCUCGGUAUUUUCAUCCAAAGGAAUCAUCAAGUAUUCGCCAUUACCACGUAGUACAACCUGGAGUGAGAAAGACGGUUCAAACCAUGUAAUGAUACCGCAUACAUUCGUCUUGCACAAUUACACCAGACCUACCGUUUGCCAAUUUUGUAAGAAGCUGCUCAAAGGUAUCUUCAAGCAAGGUCUGCAGUGCAAAGAUUGUCAUUACAAUGUUCAUAAGAAAUGCAUGGAUAAAGUACCCAAAGACUGUAGUGGAGAAAAUCCUAAGGAACCUGCAGGCGAUUUGUCAGAUCCUUCCAAUAGUAAUGAACCUGAUAAGGAAGAAUCCAAAGAUGAUGAAGACAGUGACAACGAAAGUAUCUCUAAUUCGCAGUCUACCAGUUGUAAUAACGAUACUGAAAAUACAGCCACAUUAGCCAAUGGUGGUACUCCUCCAUUUAUUGAUAUCACAAGCAGCGAAAUUGAUAAUGAUUUAGAAGAACAAAGGAAACGAAUAAGUACCACCAGUAAUAAUAUACCUUUGAUGAGAAUUGUACAAUCUGUGAAGCACACCAAAAGACGCGGAUCUAAAGUUAUCAAAGAAGGUUGGAUGGUUCAUUUUACCAACAAAGAAAAACAGAGGAAAAGACAUUACUGGAGAUUGGAUUCGAAAUCUAUUACCUUGUUCCAAAGUGAUACCGGCACCAAAUAUUAUAGGGAGAUACCAUUGUCUGAAAUCUUGUCUGUGGAUUCUGCCAAGACUCAGUACAUUCCAGGUGUGAUGCAUUGUUUUGAAAUUAAAACCGUGAGCUUACAUUAUUUUGUUGGAGAAGAUCCUCUAUAUGGUGGUCUAAAUGGUAAUAAUCCAGCAUUUCCACCGACAGAAAGUGGUAUUGGAUCUCAUCUAGCUAAAAGUUGGGAAACAGUGUUGAAACAUGCUUUGAUGCCAGUUCCUUCUAAUAUGAAAACUACAGAAUCAGAAGACAACAUCACAGAUAUGAGUUUGAUGUAUCAGAUAUUUCCAGAUGAGGUUUUAGGAUCAGGCCAAUUUGGUAUUGUCUACGGAGGGUUAGAUCGUAAGACCAAAAGACAAGUAGCCAUCAAGGUCAUCGACAAAUUACGUUUUCCAACCAAACAAGAAGCUCAGCUGAAAAACGAAGUAGCCAUUUUGCAGAAUUUAUCGCAUCCUGGUGUUGUGAACCUCGAGCGUAUGUUUGAAAACGAAGAACGUAUCUUUGUCGUUAUGGAGAAACUAAAAGGCGAUAUGUUAGAGAUGAUAUUAUCAAGCGAAAAAGGCAGAUUACCAGAGAGAAUUACCAAAUUUCUAAUCACCCAAAUUUUAAUCGCUCUGAAACAUUUACAUAGUAAGAAUAUCGUUCAUUGUGAUUUGAAGCCGGAGAACGUUUUACUGAGCUCGGAUUCGGAUUUUCCUCAAGUCAAGUUGUGCGAUUUUGGAUUUGCUCGGAUAAUUGGAGAAAAAUCUUUUAGAAGAUCGGUCGUAGGAACACCAGCCUACUUGGCACCUGAGGUACUGAGAAACAAAGGAUACAAUCGAUCGUUGGAUAUGUGGAGUGUGGGCGUCAUAAUCUACGUCAGCCUUAGUGGUACCUUUCCGUUCAAUGAAGAUGAAGACAUCAACGAACAAAUUCAAAAUGCUGCGUUCAUGUAUCCUCCUCAUCCUUGGAAGGAUAUUUCGGAUGAUGCUAUCGACCUGAUAAAUAAUUUAUUACAAGUAAAGAAACGUAAAAGAUACACUGUGGAUAAAUCAUUGGCUCAUGUUUGGCUCCAAGAUUACCAAACGUGGCGUGAUCUUCGUGAUUUAGAAAAUCAAUUCGGAUGUCGGUACUUGACUCACGAGUCGGAUGAUGCUCGAUGGACGAAUUAUCAGAAACACUGCCUUACAUGACAUUUCCCCAGCGGCGAAGUGUAAAGAACCAGAUAUGUAAAGGAGAGCUGUCUUAUUUUGUAAAAUCGUUACAACAUACGAGUACAUGGACGACCCAACACAACACUAAAAGGAAACACUUAGUGAUGCUGAAACUUAGAAGCUUAAUUUUGUAUUCGUUUUUCAAGUAUUUUUUGUAUCAUUUUGUAUCCCUUUUGAGCGCGACGCUUUUGAAAAAAUUUUCGACGAGUAGGUUUUUUUCGCUUUUAACCAAAUUUUUUCUGACAACGACGAACAAAGGUCCACACGCAGUACUUCCUCCUGUAUUUAUUCGUGUUGCUCAUGUAACUUUUUAUGUAUUAAUCUUUCCAGUAAGAUUUUUUUCUUUAUUUUGUAUUCUUUGCCAAAUUUUGGGCUGCGAGUAAUUCCGCGAGUUUCUUUAUUUUUUUUACGUAUUUCUAAAGAGAACAAAAAAAAAACGUAAAUCGUGUAACGAAUAUUUGAACAAAAACGAAUUUGUAAUUUUACUAUUAGUUAAUUUUUUUUUUCUUCCUCUGUGAAAGAGUGAAAAAUUCCAGAAUAGGAUAUUUUUACGUGGUUAUUUAAGUGCAAUAUCAAUUUGUCAAGUUAUAUUUUUUUCUAAGUGUUUGUUAUAUAUUUUUUUUUCUUUUUUUAAUUCGCAUUGAAUGUGAGUAGUUGUUUGGUAGAUGGCUUAUGUGUGUGUGUUCCGGUGUAAUCGAGUGUGAUUAUUUUGCCUAAGACAUUCGGAAAGUUCAUUGAACUUUUUUUCUCUCUUUUUUUUAAAGAAACGAAGAUCAUCUUCCAAGCACCUUUUUUUUUAGUGAAAAGACGAGAAAUAUACGAUUUCACUCGACUAUGCUGGAACAUUCGUUGAAAUAUCUACCAACAUUUUCUUUAAUUAGAUAAAAUGAGCAGUAUUAAUUUUGCAUUUAAAUUUUUACGAAAAGAGUAUUUUGGCUACUUAAUACCUCGAUCGAGUUGAAAACUCUUGUAUUUUAAAUACUUAUACGAAACGCUUCCUCUUUCUUUCUUUUUUUUUUCCUUCGAUGUGAUUUAAUUUACCUAAUUACCAGUUUUCUUUCUCAGUAUUGGUUUUUACCUGCAGUAUUUAUUACCUAUUCUAUACUACCUACUUUUACUUUUUAAUACUAUUUUUUUUUUUUUUUUUAAAGCUAUGCUUAGAAAGUAGAUUAAAUUGAAGUGCUUUUUAUUAUGGCGACUGAAAUGUAUACUAUUUUUUUAGUUUGUGGUUUUACUUCUUUAUUUUUUUACUAUCGAAUUUAUUUCGUUUUACCUGUAAUUUCUCGUGCAUAUAAGGAAUGUGUUAUGUGAAUUGUGUAUUGUUUUGUUUUAUCAAUUAUUGUUUCCUUCUUCUUAGCCGAACAGUGAACAAGUUGUUUAUUUUAUCAUUGUUUUUUAAGUUACUUAUUUGCACAGGUUAAGUUGGAAAUUGUUACUUUUUUGAAGCGCGUUUAUUUCGUAAGAUGUUCGAUUCGUGUAAUAAAUUCGCUUUCAUACGCA